AUUUCCGGCGGUGAAGGGAUUUCCGUCAACAACACAAAUACAUUGAUCAAAACAUCAAUGACGGUCAGAAACUGGCUAUUUGUGAUCCACUGAGCUCGCUGGAAAGUUUAAAGUAUAUCAUAUCAAUUUUCAGCAUUCACACCUGUUCUACAAGUUUCACACCAUGAACUCUCAGCACCGCAGGGGCUUCAGCGUCCAGCAGUCGGACCUCAUGUGUAAGAGCGGGUGCGGUUACUAUGGUAACGCCGUCUGGCAGGGCCACUGCUCCAAAUGCUGGCGCGAGCAGAACCAGUGUACGAGAGCCAAGCAGAUCGAGGAGGACCGGGCGCUGGCCGAGAGGUUACAGAGAGAGGAGGAAGCAGCAGCGUACGCCAGCAGCCAGGAGGGGGCGCCAGCACAGCCCGCGUCCUCCAGGACACACACCGUUCCCAUGGUGAAGAGGCUCUUCACACCCGCUCCCAAAACACCCGCACGGAGAGACGCAGGAUCCGCACAGACGCCCGCGAGCCACAGCUCGUCCCUCGGCCGAGAGUCAGACCACGUCACGCAGACCUUCAUCGACUUCCUCAAGACCUUGCAGAGACCUCCUGGAUAUGACAUCUUCAAGCAGUGCCAUGCCUUCACGGAGAACAUCGCACGCAGAAAGGCUGUGGUUUGUGACGAUCUCUCAGAAUCUGUGCAGGAUUUCUAUCAAAACAUGUCUGAAUACCUACAGACCAACUUUAAAGGCUCUCCAGAAGUGAUGGAGACUGUGAUGGAGGAGGUGGAGCGCUUUGUGAUGGGCCGCCUGUAUGAGCAGCUCUUCUGCCCCGAGCACUCAGACGACGAGAAGAAGGACCUGGUCAUCCGCAAGAGAAUCAGGGCUUUGCACUGGGUGUCCAUUGCGAUGCUGUGUGUCCCAUUGGACGAGCAGAUCCCUAAAGUAUCGGACAGUGUGGAGAGAGCCAUAACAGACCUGAUCGACUUGGACUCGAGGAAGGUUCCCAAGGAGAAGCUGGCGUGCGUCACCCGGUGUAGUAAACUCAUCCUGACGGCCGUCCAGGGCAGUGUGAAAGCUGCCGCCUCCGCGGACGACUUUCUGCCCGCGCUCGUCUACAUCGUGCUGAAGGCCAACCCGCCCCGACUGCACUCCAACAUCCAGUACAUCACCCGCUACUGCAACCCCAGCCGCAUCAUGAGCGGAGAGGACGGCUACUACUUCACUAACCUGUGCUGUGCCGUGGCGUUCAUCGAGAAGCUCGACGCGCAGUCGCUGAACCUGAGCCAGGACGACUUUGAGCUCUACAUGUCUGGUUCUGCGUCUCCAUCGGGUCCCAGGGCCUCCUCGUCUGGCCACAGCUCACAGAACGGCUCCGCGAGCAGCACGAGCGCCCCGCCGGCAGGGGAACGCAGGCCGGAGGAGGCCGACCUCAUCGAGUGGAGCGAAGGCCAGGAGCUGUCUGUAAUGGGCAUUUUGGACGCGGCUCCUGUCCGGACACACGCCUCUGCCUCCUCCACCAUCGACUCGGACAACAUCGGUGGCGAUAGCCUUCCUCCUCCGCUGCAGCCGCAGAGGUUCGCCAGCUAGCGGACGCUCACGGGCCGCUCUCUCCCGCAGGUUAGUGUCUGGAUCAACUUCUGAAGGGGGUCGGCUGGCGCGUGCGCUUUAUAUCUCACUCCAAAGUCAAAACGCCAGAAUUUUAC